UGCAAAUCAUCGAAUCAAGUAAAGGACAGGCCUAUGACUGCAGCGGCAGGCAGUCUGAGCCCGAGCUAGCAGCUGGACGGGAGCGUAAUGCCGGUACCGCAGUAGUUGCGCAUCGAGUCGAGUUCGGUUGCGGGGAUCUGACAUGCUCGAGAGUCCGAGGGUCAGAAGUGAAAUCUCCACACGGCAACAACAGCUGGAGAAAGAGCUGCGGGGUAGCUGGGAGCUGCGUUGCUGCGGCUGCUGCCGCGAGUGUAAAUGCUAGUGUCGCUCUCUCGAACUCUCGUCGACGCUGCGUCUUUUGGACCUGCCUGCUUUCUGGACUGACUGACUGACUGACUGACCGACCGACCGACCAUCUCUGCCCCAGCAGACCCAUUGAAUGAAUAGCAGCAGCAGGUCGAUGACGUCUGAGUUUGCUGCCGACGCCAGAGCCGCCGAUGAUGUUCAAGUCUUAGUAGUUCGAGAAUCGUAAGCGACUGUUUGCUUGCUUACAGUCCAGAGCAGCUGCUGUGAGGAUCGAGGUGAGCGAGCAUUGCGGCCUUGUGCUUUGAAACGCACGAGCGAUUGGUCAGACUCGGGAGCUACUCGAGGCCCAUAGCGAAUGAAGGAGAGAUAGAGGGUGAGAGAGAACAGAUUCUGCUGUGGAGUGGAUGGCAUGUGUGUGUAUUCGAGCGAUGAUCCGAGGCAUGCUGGAGCAUAGAGUUUGACGAGGACCAGAGGCAGUCAGGGCUGGCGCUUCAUUGCUGAAAUUUUCCCGGGGCCGGGGACGGGAGCCCAGUCCUGAGUCAGAAAAGAUGGGGUUGCAUGGCUCGUUUCAGCGAGCCGUCGGGAAGUACCAUUUGUGGAUGAACAACGCGUUUUCUUCAUACGGAUCUUACGUUGCACGGAAGCCCCUCAUUCCUCUUGUCUUCGGUUUAGUUUUGCUGGGAGGAUUCUGCUUCGGGCUGUUUCGGUACAGUAAGGAGACAGAUCUCGAGAAGCUAUGGGUGGAGCACGGUUCUCGAGUCGUGGAAGAAAAAGCAUUUUACGAUGCCAGAUUCGGAGGAAUUCCUCGUCAAGAGAUAGUGGCCAUUGUUUCCAAGGACAACCCAGAUGCACAGCUGGACCUGGCGCAUGCAAUGGAUGCAUUGACUUACUCCAUAGGUCCUCUAUUCGACAACCUCACUCUCGAUUACGUUCCUCCCGGUAGUACAAAGUCUGUGCAACUUGUCCAGAGCGACCUGUGCGUAAGACCUUUGGUACCUCCCACUUUGAGACCAGGAAACAAUCCAUUGGUGGACAACAAUUGGCUUUCAUGGGGUUUCCAGAGGAUGUCGACUUGUGCUCUGAACACUACUUUCGCAGCUUCCACUAUCAAACCUUCCUUCUUACCUGUGGGCUGGGGUAUAUCCAAGUUCCCGUGUACCAAGCUGACACCUAUGGACUGCUUCCGAGAGGGAGGAAGUUUUGAUUAUCCUGAAGCCCUUCGACAACUUGAAACUCCGAUGCCACCUCUUCCAACUGGUAACUUUACCUUAGUUGACAUAACCGCAUCUUUCAUCGCCCAAACCAACAUUUGCAGUGUAGCACUUACAUCAGAGCUUGAAGGGUUGUUCACACUAGCCCAAGUGCCUGCUGAGCAAGCUGCUCCUCAAAUUGCACAGAUUGUGGCAGGGGUUGAAAGCCAGACAGAGAGUUUCUUUUCUUGGGGAUAUCGCUGGAGAAGAUCUUACAAAGGAAUGUCUAGUGAAGAGAUUAUCGACCACAUCAACACCGCCGUCAAGCUUGCAGAUGAAUGGGAUACAGCUCCAAGUAAUCCUCAAGUGGCUACAUGCAUCACGGAAGGUCUACCUUGCUGUCUUACCUGGUUUGGUCUGCACACACCAAUUUUGGCUUCCUUGGGUAGUAUCGAUUACAACGAAGGUGGCAAUGUCACUAAGAUUGGAGGCAUACGGUGGGGUCAAAACAAUUAUCAUGAAGCCCAGCCCCUUUGGGUAGACUACAUAGAAGAAGUUUUGGGAGUAAAUAUCACUCGGAAGCAACGCAAGAAUCUGCACAGAAAGUGGGAAGGUCGUAUGGUGGAUCACCUUGAACCUUUACGUAACAGAGAAAGCAAUUUGUUUGCCACCACCUACAACGAUCUUCAACUUGAGUUCCUUACCUGGAGAUCUUCUCAAGAUAUUAUAUCAGAUUCUGCGAAGACUCCAAUCUGGCAAAUUGUACUUAGUGUUAUUCUAACUUCUCUAUACGCAUACUUGGCCUUCAUCAAUAUCAAGAGACCAGUUCAUUCUCACACUUGGGUGGUUCUUACGGGACUUUCAGUGGUCACAUUGUCCAUCUUGUCAGGCUUUGGAUUCACUGCUAUGAUUGGCAUUAAGUUCUCACCCCUUGCCGGUGGCGUGGUACCGUUUUUGGCACUCGGUCUUGGUAUUGAUGAUGUGUUUGUACUCGUAAAUAUUAUGCGCAAUUAUUUAGAAGAUCCGAGAUUACAAGCCAUGGGGUCUGGCUCCAUCAUUCCUGAGAGAGAAAUGAGACUUACCCUCGCACUUGCGGGUCCUUCUGUUAUUCUCACCACCUUUUCCGUUCUGGCUGCAUUCUUCAUCUCCUCCCUGAAUCCCAUGCCGAUUUCUCAGUGGUUUUGUUGGCAAAUGGGCAUAACUGCAAGUCUUCACACAAUCGGACUUAUAUUAAUUUUCAUGCCGAUCAUGGCUAUCGAUGCACGUCGGGUAAAGGCAGGAAUCAAUGACCCGAACCUUUGGCUAGUGCAUGGAUAUCGCAGCAAAGGAGCAUCAGAAACUGCAGCAGGAGUGAAGGAUGAAACUGUAGCAGGUGAUGACGCCGCAAACUUUGAUGUGAAUGAUCCUUCGCUGCAAGAAAAUACCGGGAGCACUGCCAUAUCAAGAUGGGUAGCUUCAAGAUACGCACCUUUGUUCGAAAACAAUAUGUUCAAAAUUUGUGUGGUAAUAGUAUCAGCAGCAUUUUUGGCUGUAAUGAUAUAUCUUGGCUUUCACAAGGUGGAGCACGGACUAAAGCUAUCAGACGUUACCCUUGCAGGAUCAUAUCAGAACACAUUUGCCAAGCUCACUGAGGAACGAUUUCCCAACUAUGAUGUGGCCAUAGUAACAAGAGAAAUUGAUUAUCCAAAUCGGCAAGCGGAAAUUCUGGAGAUAUUUUCGGAGUUGCAGAAGAAAAAACGAUGGGCGCCAGUUCAACCCAGGAUAUUGGAAUCAUCGUGGAUGGGAGGUUUUUACCUCUUCAGUAACAGCACUGCCAAUGUGUCAUACCCUGUUCCAGCACAAGCCUUCAAUCAACUACUAGAGGGCUGGUCCACCUCAUCCCUUGGAAUCCUUUCUCUCCAAGAUAUGUAUUGUGAACACAACGAAACAGGACUUCCACUGAGUUGCUUCAAUGUUGAGCAAAAUCCUAAUCUGAGAGUGGCGGCCACCAAAUCUGUGAUGUUUGCACAAAACCUGGGAGCAAACACGAAGCCAAACUUAGACAUGAUCAGAGACACAAGAAGCGUGGUCGAUGGGCUGAAUGACAAGUUUGGUGAGAACAUCGCAUAUAUGUACGGGUACCCGUUCCUCUUCUUCGAGCAAUACUUGCACAGCUACCAUGAUCUUUAUCUGGUGGUCGGAUUAGCCUUAGUGGGAGUUUUUGUAGCAAUCACCGUCUUUCAAUUCAGCUUAACUGUAUCCAUUCUGAUAUGCGUGAUUCUUCUCGUGACGGAUCUCGAAGUGUAUGGAUUUGUGUAUAUUAUUGGCGCUAAACUGAAUGCCCUUUCUCUGGUGAAUCUCGGCAUUGUGAUUGGCAUGUCUGCCGAGUUCACGUACUUGGCGAGGUCGUUUCUGGUCGUGGAGGGAACCAAGACCGAACGAGUGCGCAAGGCUCUGGAGUGGACCUUCGAACCUCUGCUGCACGGCUUCGGAACUCAAUUCGUCGCCACUUUUCCUCUCUUGUUUGUAAAGUACCAUGCCUUCAGGCUCUACUACUUCGCCAUGUUUACAGUGAUGGGGAUCAUUGGCUUCUUCAACGGAUUUGUACUUCUGCCUGCGCUGCUCACGUGGAUCGGACCAGGCACUUUGCACCACAUCAAAGAAGCAUCGGCCAAAGCCAAGCAAAGGGCCGUGCAAGCCCAAACGAACGGGUCGAAGGUCGAGCAGGCGGAUUCGGCACCCAGCAACGGAACUGCUCCCCAUACUUGAUACUACUACAGCUCAGAUUAUACAACUUUACGUUCAUACAGAGUAUACAAAAGAUAGGAAUGGUAAAUUAGAUCUGUAGCUAGACCAACAUCGUGGGCCUCGAACUAGUUGUCAGUAAAAUUAGUCAUAGCAAAAGUAUUAGAAGGCUGGUUGGCUGGUUGUCAUGCUUUAUCACAGACAGAAGGAAUAGGCUGGUUCCUGUCCACAUGCAUUGCGGCAUACCCACAUACGCACGGUGGAUCGAGAAAUUCGUCCAUGUGUUUGUACAAGCUGUAAUGAAGGAACCAAAAAUGCACGUACAUAGUACUCGUUAGCGUAUCAUGAUCUGUUGGGACUAUUGAUUUUUCUUGUAUGUGGAUAAGGCGCACUUUCUACCGACACGCUUGAUGUCAUACCUUGCUGUGCUCGAGCCGAACCUGUCGUUGUCACGCACCCUGAGGAUGUCGUUCAGGGAGUGACAGGGUUCGGUAAGUUGCUUCCGGGAUCCAUCGCUAUUCUGGCUAAGAAACCAUGUGACCCGCUCUUGAAAGUUGUUGCGUGGAUUUUUGCCGAUCUUAUGGGCAUGAAAACAUAACCUCGUGAUUUCAAUCCAGACGUUGAGUUUCAGUAUU